AUCAUGGUACUUGCUCCACCCAAACAUUGGGAUCUCCGCCAUGCACAUGCAACUCCUUCCAAACGACCGUGUCUUAAUAUACGACCGUACUGAUUUCGGAAUCUCAAAUAUCUCUCUUCCAAAUGGCAAAUGCCGCCCCAACUCUGACGAUUGCUCUGCCCACUCCGUCGAGUACGACGUCGCAUCGAACUCCGUUCGUCCUCUAACCGUCCUCUCCAAAGUCUGGUGCUCGUCGGGCAGCUUAAUGCCCGACGGGACCGUAACUCAAACUGGCGGCUCUGCUGACGGCGCUUUGGUCGUCAGGACUUAUAACUCAUGUGACACGUGUGACUGGCAAGAGGUACCAAAUGGGUUAGUUGCUGAAAGAUGGUAUGCAACCAAUCAUAAACUGCCCGACGGCCGACAAAUAAUCAUCGGCGGUCGGGGGACGUUUAACUACGAGUUCUACCCGAAGACACCGGAGACUGCUGCCGCGGUGGAUUUCCCCUUUCUAACUGAAACAAAUGAUCCCAAUAUGGAGAAUAAUCUAUACCCAUUUGUAUUUCUCUAUCCGGAUGGCAAUUUGUUUAUUUUCGCGAAUAAUCGCGCCAUUUUUUUCGACUAUGUGAACAACCAAGUUGUUAAAAAUUUUCCAAAGAUCCCCGGUGACGACCCGAGAAACUAUCCGAGCACCGGGUCGGGUGUACUACUCCCAAUGCGGGUUGUACAAGGGUGUGUACCUGAGGUUGAGUUUAUGGUUUGUGGAGGUGCACCUAGAACAGCAUUCCUCAAUGCAAUGAAUGGGGUGUUUGAUGGGGCUUUGGAUACUUGUGGUCGGAUCAAGAUAUCCGACCCGGAUCCGCAAUGGGUUAUGGAGUCUAUGCCUAUGGCACGUGUCAUGGGUGACAUGUUGUUGUUACCAAAUGGUCAUGUUUUGAUUAUUAAUGGCGCGUCAGCCGGGGCGGCUGGGUGGGAAUACGGGCGUGACCCGGUUUUAACCCCCGUGGUUUACCGAGCAGGUGACCCGGUUGGGUCAAGAUUCGAGAUGCAAACCCCGGCCACCAUACCUCGAAUGUACCAUUCAACAGCGGUUUUGCUUCGAGAUGGUCGGGUUCUGGUUGGUGGAAGUAACCCGCACGAUAAAUAUGAAUUUUCAAACGUACUUUAUCCGACUGAAUUGAGCUUGGAGGAGUUUUCGCCUUCGUAUUUGGAUUCUGACGUGUCAGGGUUACGCCCAGUUAUAAUCUCACCCGUGACGGGUGCUAAUAUGAAGUAUGGUGAUCAAGUGCUUAUGCAAUUUGCAGUUUCAGACAAUUUGGACCCGAAUUCGGUCAUGGUAACAUUAGUGGCGCCAUCGUUUAACACGCACUCGUUUUCGAUGAAUCAAAGGUUGUUGGUUCUUGAUAGUUGCCCUGUCACAACAGAUCCUGAAAGUUCUAACUACCAAGUUAGUGUGGCAAUGCCGCCUACCGGAAACAUCGCUCCGGCAGGAUAUUAUCUACUGUUUGUGGUGCAUCAAGAUAUUCCAAGUGAAGGCGUUUGGAUAAACAUACAGUGA